AUGACCUCAAAUCGAAAACAUUCUCUUAUUGAUGUAUUAUCCAAUGAGAAUUGUUUGUCUGAUGAUAAUCAUCGAUCAAAUAAUGAAGGAGAACGACGAUGGAGACGAACAAGUUUUGCUGGAUAUCCUUGGAUGAAUAAAUUCAAGCCAUUUAUAUAUGGAACAAAAAAUGAUGAUGUACCUGAUUGUUACAAUCGAGUUCGUUAUAUUCGAGAUGCUUGUAAAGUAUUAUCUGAUCUUUGGAAAACGGAUAAAGAUUUUUUAAAUAAAAGUAUUGAUAAUGAUGUAUCAAAAUCGUUCAAAGAAUUUCGUUUGAAUGAUGUUGCACGUUCUUAUCGUUCUCCAUAUCGAACAAAUGGAGGUUCAUCGAUUUUAAAUCAAACAAUUGAUGAUUUAGUUCAAAUACAUGAUUUUAUUGAUUCGAAAAGAAAAGAAUGGCUUGAACAAUUAAAAAAAAUUAUUGAACAAGCUAGAGAUAAACAAUCAAAUAUUCGUCAAACGAUGACUGAACUUCGAGAUAAUUAUGAAAAAGCUCAACGAAAAUUAGAAACAGCUGAUACGAAUUUAAAAAAAUUUCAAACACGAUCUGAUCGUUUAACAUUACCAAAUUUUGAUGAACGUUUACGUGAAUUAGAAGAUAUUCGUAGUGAAUGUGAACAAGCUCGAACAUUAUCACAUGAUAUAUAUGCAACUGAAACAUAUAAAUUUUCAAGUGAAGAACAUUCAAUAACAGUUAAACUAUUUUAUCAAUAUUUAUAUGAAGAAAAUACAUUUUAUAAUGAUGUAUCAAAAUAUUUAUCAUCAAAAAUGCCUGAAAUAGAACAAAGAUUAGAAAAUAAUGAUUUAAUUCCAUCAUUUGGUUAUGAUCUUGCUAAACAUUGUUCAAAACGAAACGAUACAUUAAUUGCUUAUCCUAUUGAAAUAUGUAUUAGACUUUUAGAAAAUAGUUUAAAUGAAGAAGGUCUUUUUCGUAUUGCACCAUCACAUGGUAAACAAAAAAAAUUAGUUGCUGAACUUAAUUUACAAACAAUUGAUAGAGCAGCGACACUUAAUGAACUUAAUUAUGAUCCACAUGUUCCAGCAAGUACACUUAAACAAUAUUUAAGAGAACUUCCAGAUUGUUUACUUACAAAUGCACUUUUAUCACAAUGGAAUGAUGUUAUUUCUAUCAGUGGUGAACAAGCUCGUCUACAACGAAUAAGUCAAUUAAUAAAUAAAUUACCUGAUAUUAAUUAUCAAAAUCUUUGUUAUUUAGUUCGUUUCUUAGCUCGUGUAGCUGAAUAUUCAUCGGAAAAUAAGAUGACACCAAAUAAUUUAGCUAUUUGUAUUGGAUGUAGUAUUUUAUAUGGAAAAGAUCAAUCAUCAUCAUCGUCACAUCAAUCUAUUUCAAAUUCCUAUACAGCUGCUUCAACUAUUCUUGAACUUAUGAUUAUUCAUCAUAAACAAUUAUUUAUUAAUUCUUCUCAACAAGAACAAACUUCAAAAUCAAUUAAAUGCCAACCUGAUCUUAUUCCAACUGAAUUUCAUUCCAAAAGUCGAAGUGGUUCAAAUGAAAAUUUAUUAGAUGUUCAAAGUAUACCAGUAUAUCCUCAACCAUCUCCUGGAACACGUCGAAAAAAUAAAGCACCUCUUCCACCAGCAUCAUCUUCGGUUAAUCAGCAAACAUCAGUUGAACAAGUUAAUUAUGAAAAUCUAUCAUCUGACAUUAAUUUAAAUGAUCAAACAUCGAAUCAAUCUAUAACAGUAACAAGUUCAUCAAGUUUUAGUCCGAGUGAUAAAAUUCAUCGACGUACACCAAGCGAAGGAACACAAUUAGAUCGUCCUGGAGCACCUCCACCUCUUCCACCAUCACUUAUUAUUUCUUCUUCACCAUUAGUUCAAUCUCGACAAAAACUUUCCUUUCCAUUAUUAAAACCAAAUAAUGAACAAAGAUUUUCAACGGCAAUAGAAGAUAAAACAGUUGAAAAUGAUUCAACAACAGAUUUGUCAACUGAUUCAACAUCAACGACAAAUGAUGGUGUUAAUGUUGGAAAAUUAAUUUCACAAAUUAAUAAUCGAAUGGCUGCUGGAAAAUCAAAUAAUACUCAAACAAAUAAUAAUCGAAUAUCUUCUUUUAGAAAUAGCACAUUACCUUCACCACCUGGAGAUACAACUGAUUUCUAG